AUGGGCGACGAUAAGUUCGAAUACCAGGAACUCCCUAUCCCCUCCUACGAAGAAGCCACCGGUCAGCCAUCAUCCUCGCGUGAACACCUAGUAGUAGGUGAUGGCAGCGAUGCCGAACGUCAGGGGCUUCUCGCUCGUGAGCCCUCUCAAUACCAACCCCCAACCGUCGAAUCCGUUCGCGGCAGUCUCGAUGACCUUGCCUCCUCGGCAUCGGGUUCAUCCCGAGGCUCCGCCGAUGAGCUGCGCAGGGAACUAGAUCAGAUGGAUGUUGACGACUCUGCGACAUCUUCCAACGGUCGCCCCCGAUUACGACACCGGUUCUCCAAGCGGUUUUCCACUCUCACUCGAACGCUUUCCGCAAUCCAUCGGCCCUUACAACGAUAUCUACCAAACCUCUCUAGCUUUCGCUUCACUUUCAAUCUCCAAGAUGCACGCUCGCGAAUGCGGGAUCAGGGAUGUCUCAUGUUAAUACGACUGUUCGCCCUGAUGCUGGUGGUGACAUUGGUCUAUGUGUUCUUCAUUGGGGAUAUCUUCAACCUUAAUAAUCGCAUGAUUAUGGGCCAAACCUACAGUUCAUCAUCAGUUGAAAAUUUCAUCCAGGGCAAUAUCAAUGACACCAAUAUCGCCGAAACCCUCAAACACAUCACCUCAUUCCCCCACAUCGCCGGUACUGAAGGUAGCUUUUACCUGGCAGAAUGGGUCGAGCAGGCUAUGCACAAAGCCAACUUUGACCAGGUCGAACGGGAGGAGUUCCAGGUUUACUUGAACUACCCGCGCGACAACGGUCGCAAGGUCGCCAUCAUCGAUCCCCCAGCUUUGGCGUGGGAAGCCACCCUUGAGGAGAAUGUCGCAGAUACCCCCGUAUUCCACGGCCACUCCAAAUCCGGCAACGUUACAGGACCUCUAGUGUAUGCCAAUUUUGGUUCUCGAGAAGACUUUAAGCUGCUUGCCGACCGUGGCAUUUCUCUCGACGGCGCUAUCGCGCUUGUCAGAUAUUACGGAACGGAACCGGAUCGAGCUUUGAAAAUUAAAGCUGCGGAGCUGGCUGGCGCAGCAGGAUGUAUAAUUUACUCCGAUCCAGCCCAAGACGGAUUUGUUCGAGGCCCAGCCUAUCCAAAGGGACGUUAUAUGCCGGCCGAUGGGGUUCAAAGAGGCGGGGUCAGCCUCAUGUCUCAGGUUGUAGGAGACGUUCUUAGCCCCGGGUGGGCAUCUACCCCGGAGGAGAAGCAUCGGCUGGCGCCCGAAGAUAGCCCUGGCUUGACAAAAAUUCCCAGCCUUCCAAUCGCCUGGCGCGAUGCACAACGGCUGUUGCAAGCCCUAGAAGGUCAUGGCUCCCAAGUUCCGAAGGAAUGGGUCGGUGGAGUACCAAAACUUCAAGGGUGGUGGACCGGCGAUCAGAAGUCGCCGACUGUCCAUUUGAUGAACCUGCAAGAUGAAGUGGAAAGGAUGCCCAUCUAUAACGUCCACGGGACAAUCAUUGGGCUCGAAGAACGCGACAAGAAGAUCAUUAUCGGCAAUCAUCGGGAUUCGUGGUGCCUGGGAAGUGUUGAUCCUGGCAGUGGUACCGCAGUCUUUUUAGAGGUUAUUCGGGCGUUUGGUGAGCUGCUCACUUACGGUUGGCGGCCACUCCGGACCAUUGAGUUUGUUAGCUGGGAUGGUGAAGAAUACAACCUCAUUGGCUCGACCGAACACGUUGAAAAGGAUGUUGAGCAUCUUCGGAGUAAUGCAUAUGCAUACCUCAACGUUGACGUCGGUGUGUCCGGCUCUGAGUUCCGGGCCGCUGGGUCGCCCGUUUUCCAACGCUCUCUGCUGCAGAUCUUGGGACGUCUCUCUGACCCCACUGCCAACAAAACCCUGAAGGACAUUUGGAUAGAAAAGGGCAGCAAGCUUGAACCACUUGGUGCGGGCAGCGAUUAUGUAGCCUUCCAGGACAUUGCGGGUACAUCCAGUAUCGACUUUGGAUUCGAGGGCGAGCCCUAUCCUUACCACAGUUGCUACGAAUCCUUUGAGUGGAUGGAGAAAUUUGGUGAUCCGGGCUUCCAGUACCACAAACUUCUUGCACAGUUCUGGAGUCUCCUCCUAUUGGAUGUUUCUGAGAACCCUAUGCUCCCCUUCGAUCUUCAAGCAUAUGCCACAUCCAUCACCGGAUGGGUGAAGGACUUGGAAACAUUCGCCAAAUCCAAAAAAGCAGAUGUCAAUUUGGAGGUCAUGUUCAAGGCAGCAGCAGGGCUAGAAGCUAAUGCUGUCAAGUUUGAGUCCUGGAACCAGGUCUGGCAUGAUGCUGUCUGGGGCUCCGGCGGAUACGAGAGUAAUGUCAUGGCGCUUCAACGUGUGAACCAUAAUUUACGCAUGGCCACAUUUGACACACAUCUCUUGGAUCUAGAAGAAGGCGGCGGCAUUCCCAACCGCACCCAAUUCCGCCACGUUGUAUUCGGGCCUGAAUUAUGGUCUGGGUAUGAUCCCUCGAUCUUCCCCGCCAUUCGCGAUACCAUCAACGCCGGCGACUGGUCUGUCGCUCAGCACUGGAUCAAUCGUGUUGCCAACAUCAUCCAGACCGCCAGCAAUGAUCUAUUGCAAUAA